AUGAUACCGGAUGGAUUCAAGUUUGCAGCCAACCAUCAGCUUCUCACGAUAUUCUCCGCUCCUCGCUACAUGAAUGAGACUGAUAAUCGUGGUGCCAUCGUCCGCAUCCAGGAGAACGGAGAUUUCGGUGUCAUCGUGUUGAAGAACACGAAAGGAGCAGGAGGAAAGAACCCACUGAAUGAUGAGUUGACACGUGCCGAUGACGUCCCGAAUGAAUCUACGAAAAAGAAGUCCGAUUCGGCCAUCAAUGUCAUGAAACUGAGCAGCUUCAAGACCAAGAAUUCCCCGAAAUUUUGA